AUGCCAAUCGUGACUGAGAAGGUCGACCUGCUUUCCAUUACUAUUGAGGAGCGCGAGCACGUACUGAAGGAGGUUGUUGUACAUAAUUACGAUCUUGCCUCUAUCGAUUUUAACAUUUUUGCAGUUCGUGAAGCGGCCACAAAUCCUUUAAACGCCGCUGCUUUUGUUGCGUAUAAUCUCAUUCUCAGCACUGGACUGCCACAGAAAUUUAACUGUCGUGAUGAGACCCUUCUGAACUUCAUUUUACAGUGUCGCAGGAAAUAUCGAAACGUUCCUUACCAUAACUUCUUCCAUGUUGUGGAUGCGUGUCAGACAAUGCAUACAUACUUGUUCGCGGGUCGCUCGUGUGACUUUCUGACGGAGCUGGAGUGCUUUGUGCUCCUUAUUACCACAUUGGCGCAUGAUCUCGACCACAUGGGUCUCAACAAUAGUUUCUACCUUAAGACGGAGUCACCACUCGGUAUCUUGUCGAGUGCCAGCGGCAACACAUCGGUGUUAGAGGUGCACCACUGCAAUCUCUCUGUGGAGAUUCUUUCCAAUCCUGAGUGUGACGUGUUUGAAGGUCUGCAGUCGGAUGAUUUAAACCACGCGUAUCGCUCCAUGAUCGACUGUGUGUUGGCAACCGACAUGGCCAAGCAUGGCGAAGAGGUGAAUCAAUUCGUGAGUCUUAUGUCAAACGGCUUUGAUCGUAACGAUGAGCGACAACGUCGGAAGCUAAUGGAAAUGCUAAUGAAGGCUGCUGACAUAUCAAACGUUACAAAACCGUUUGAGAUCUCUCGGUUGUGGGCGAUGGCGGUGACUGAAGAAUUUCACCGCCAGGGUGACAUGGAAAAGGAAAAGGGAGUGGAGGUGCUUCCUAUAUUCAAUCGGUCUCUGAACACUGAGCUAGCCAAGGGCCAGAUCGGCUUCAUCGACUUUGUGUCCGCCAAGUUUUUCAAUACCCUUGUGUCGAUGCUAUGCCACGACAUGCAAUGGUGUGUAGACCGUAUUAACAGCAACCGUAAGUCAUGGAAUGCCCUUCUGGUAGCCAAGUGA